AUGAAAUACCUGAGCAGAUGUCUAGCUGGAUUGGUGGAGAACAAAGAGUUUCAUUUUCAUCCCAAAUGUGCAAAGGUGAGGAUCACCCACAUCAGCUUCGCCGAUGACCUCUUACUCUUCACUAGAGGAGACCUGCCAUCGGUUAAGGCUCUGUAUGCUUGUUUUACUGAAUUUUCAAAGUCCUCUGGCCUGCAAGCAAACCUUGGGAAGAGCUCAGUAUAUUUUGGUGGAGUCUCCCAAUCAAUACAACAUGAUAUUCUGCAACACUUAGGCUUCGCCAAAAAACUCUCCUACGCUAGCAGGGUGCAACUAGUUCAGACUGUCACAUUUGGGAUUCAAGCUUAUUGGGCACAAUUAUUCGUCAUCCCAGCAAAAAUACUUAAGGUGAUUGACGGUUAUUGUAGAAGCUAUGUUUGGUCAGGAGCAAAUGAGAUUACUAAGAAAUCCUUGGUUGCUUGGACGAGAAUUUGUAUGCCAAAAUCCACUGGUGGCCUAAAUCUGGUGAACCUUCAGUUGUGGAAUAAAGCUGCCAUUGCAAAAACAUAUUGGGACUUAGCUCGUAAACAAGAUAAACUUUGGAUACGGUGGAUACAUGCUUACUACACAAAAGGGGCUACUAUUCAAGAUAUUCCAAUUCCUAAGCAAUCGUGUUGGAUGGUGAGAAUGAUUUUUGCUGCCAGAGACACUCUUGCUCCUUUAAUGGACCACAUCAAGCCCGAGAAGAGCAUCAUCAGACAGAUUUAUCUGCAGCUGCUAGGAGAUAAUCCUCCUAUGAGAUGGAAGAGUCUAAUGUUCAAAAACUAUGCACGGCCAAAGGCAAUCUUUACUAUGUGGCUUCAUCUUCAUGUCUGGACAGAAAGAAACUUGAGAAUCUUCGAGCAACGUUUUCGGGACUGGGAUAGCAUUGCAAGAGAGGUGGCCUCUGUUUCAAGUGUAAGGGCUCCGCCAGGACUACAGCAAGCGAUGCAUAGUUAUAGACUUUAA